AUGAGUUCAAGUGAUAUAGUGCUGCCUAAGUACGCUGAGAAUGUACGACCCAUCGGGUUAGUCCAAUGUUUCUGGAGUAACCGUAACCGUAUCAUACGGCAUACGGCAAGUGUGGCAGGUUGGUCGCACGUUACUUUCAGCAGCACGCACUACGAUCCGUUCUCGACAUACUCGACAAAGAACAUGGCCGCAUGUGGUGCAAUGGGUGCAGGGGUUUCCCGGAUUUUCGAUUUAGACUGCAAUGCUGGAGAAGGAGUUUUGACGACUGGGGUUUGGAGAGCAGUCGAGGGACUCCAAGUAGUCCGUGAUUGGGAACCCCUAUGGGUAAUGGAAGGCUCCCAAAAAUUUCACGAGAGCAGUGAGACAACUGACGAGAACGACCGUGAGACCGUAGUAGAGGGCCAUGAGACUAUAGGCGAGAAAGAUCACAGCGACCGCCGCGAUCGUAAUCCCCACAAGGACUAA